AUGAAUUUCAGUAGAAGAGAGUGUGAACCUAUAAUAAAUAAAUUAAAGAGUAUUAAGAUAGAAGACUGUACUACAAGCAUAACUGCGAUAGAAUCUCUAUUAGAACAGGAUAGUGCAUUUCAAAAUCCAUCAGUUGUGUAUCCCAAAGAACCAAACUUUAUUUUACCAAACGAAUUUCUUCAAAUUAAAUGUGAAACAACGGUUGAUAAUUUUUUCAAUAAACAUAAACCUAAAUCAAAUUUUAACUAUAUAGAAUACAAUUCUAAUUUAGAUAGUUUAAUUGAUAUUCUAGAUAACUAUUCUAUGAAAGAGAGAUCAGAAGAAUCAGAAAUUUAUGAUAAUCCAGAAAAACUAAAUGAGGUGAUUAAAGAUUUUUAUCAAUAA